AUGUCAUACAAGCACGACCUCAACUAUUAUGUUCUCAACAAAGACAAGCGUGCCCACUGGAAUGAUGACCAUAUCAUGGGAUUAGCCCCACGCCCUCUCCCGAAAACACCCCAGCAAGCAUUUCAACAGUACUUGCUGAGGGGUCAUGCUCUAUUCUUGCCAGAUGACUCCGACCGAGUCCUUGAUGCUCUCGAUUCCUUGGCGCAUGACCUGCCUCCUGAAAACUGGACUAUUCUGUUCCCACCAAAUUGGGAUGCACUUCCAUUAGAUAAUCCAACACGCAUUAAUUGCGAAGCAUUUAUUGUACCAAAACAGAAAGCUGAGCAGGAGAAAACACGCCAGAGACAACUUGGAGUAGCCACUGCAAAUGUCCCUUCUGUAUCAGCUGCAACAAUGCCGUUUCCUGCACAGUCUCCGUCUCAAGCCCCAUAUACUGCGUACCCGAUUGCAUACCCAAUUGUUCCCUUUCCUAAUCAACCACAAAUAUUCCUCACCCAGCAAACCGCACCCUCUCCUCCUGCCCCUAUGACCUCUAAGCUGGCAUCUGAUGUGAAUUUGCAGUCAAAGUCUCAGUCUGACGAAAAAGAGCCAAACAAGAUGACUAUGGAAGCGAGCCUCUAUCUCCUCAUUGACAGUGCUGCCACAUUUGCACUCAGCAAGGUUGAAGAAGGAAUGGGAGUCGACGUUACCAAGCACGAGAUUGGCUACCUUCCAACCUUUGAUGGGAAGCGGCGACGAGAUAUGCCAGUCCAACUCAAGACUGCAGUGCACAUGGAAAAAGCGCUGCAUGAACUUCGCGACUGCAUGUCCCGAGCCCGAUCUAGUAAAAAAUUAUACGUUAUCAAUAUGAAACCAGUACCCAAAUCUGAGAAUGUCGGGAAACAUGGGAAAACUCGUCGCACUAAUACUGUAAAUAGUGCAAUCCAGUCCAACCCGGCUUCAGACCAAUAUGUGAUGCUUGAAAAGCAGUGGGAGUGUCAUGGAUGUGGUGGCCACUGUUGGCCACAUACCCGUGCAAAGGGGAAACAUCUUCACCUCGACAAUGCUAUGUUAUCCUUGUGGGCACAACAAUGGUCUGACGGUGUUACUGGAGUUGAUCUCCACAAUCCACCUGUUCAUAAUUGGUUUGAUGUCCUGGCUCUGGAGAAACAGACAAAGGCUGUCAACCAGAAGCGACGCCAGGAAUCAAGGAAGCGGAAGCGGAAUGGUAGUCCACCAAGAACACCUACGAAGCCGGGGGCCACAGCUAUACCAAAACCCCUGGUAAAGAAGGCGAAAGUCGAUGUGACACCAGCCAAACAGCAGCCUGUGAAGGAUACAAUAAUCCUUUCUUCUGACCCUAUAACUCCGCCAUUUCUCUCCCGCAUCUUAGCUGCCACACAAACAUCUAAAGUUGGAACUGACAUUAUCAAUCUUUCAUCUUCUCCCACUCCCGGACCUUCUAAGAAGAAAGAUCCCGCUCCCACUGUUUUUGAUCUUUGUAGUGACAGUUCCGCUGAUGAUUUCCUCAAGCAUGAAAUUGAGUAUGAUGAACUAGAAUCAUAG